AUGGACCGCUCCUACUGGAGCAUCGACUCAAUCAUCGCAGACGCAUCCAAGCUGCCCUGCACAUUCAACAUCGACGUGCACAACCUCGGCCACCUCCAGUCCACCGACGAGGACGACAUCAAGCAGCACGCCCGCCUCGAACUUCCCUUUUGGCUCGCAGAGCUCCUCGCCCUCAACGAUGUCGUCUCCCUCACCAUGCCAAAGGCCUAUGGUCCCAGGGUGAAGGCCGCCCUCGACGCCAACCCGACCAGCGUGCAGCUGCGCCAGCAGAACAACAACUGGUACGCCCUCGGUAUGAGGCUCGCCAAUCUGAUGGACUCCGACGAACUCAUGGAUGUCCUCUCAAAGGCCUACACCGGUCGCCUCGCACAGAUCUACGAGCAGACCCAGCACCUCUCGUCGAGCAGCAGCAACAGCGGCGGCGGAGCCGGCUCGUCUUCCAGCUCGUCAAACAAGCAACAAGGCGCCAACACAGGCUCGUCGACCAAUCGAUCGGGUCAACCUGGCGGUGGCGGCGGCGACGACGACGAUCCGCUGACGGCAUCCGCUGCGGCCAUCGCAGCCAUGGUCCACGACGGUCCGGCACUGGGCAGCAGCGCCGGAUCGGGCAUGAGCGCCGAGAUGGCGGAGUUCUUCAACGGUCUCGACGACGCGGAGCGGAAUCUGCUGUCAAGGGGCCACCAGGCUGCUCGGAUGAUGAAGGAGUACCUGGCCGCUGCUGCGCCACGAUGA